UAACACUGAGGAGUGGCUUUUAGAAAACGGCCAUCUCUCCACUUUGUCUACCUGGGAUUCUACAGGUUGCUUUCUCUAAAGUUUCCACCAUGACGGCCAUGCAGAGGCUACUGCUGCAGCUGCCGGUGAGCGCGGUGAACAUGGUGAAGACGGUGCAGAGCCAGGUGCAGGGCCAGGAGGAGGACAAGAGCCCCGUGCUGACCCCCGACGGGGUGCACCAGGCCUGGUACAGCGCCCUGCAGCCCGACGAGCUGCGACACCUCCGCUCCGGGGGGUCGGGAGGUGGAGGAAGAGGAGGAGGAGGUGGAGGAGGAGGGGGGGACCAUGAGGAACACUCAUCACUGGAGGAAGGUGGUGGAGGUGGAAGCAUUUUUCAAAGUCAACCUUUGCGACACGACGACCUGAAGGAGAUGUUGGACAGCAACAAAGACUCGCUGAAGCUGGAGGCGAUGAAGCGCAUCGUGGCUAUGAUCGCACGUGGAAAAAAUGCAUCUGAUCUCUUCCCUGCUGUGGUGAAAAAUGUGGCCUGUAAAAACAUUGAGGUGAAGAAGCUGGUGUAUGUUUACUUGGUGCGUUACGCCGAGGAGCAGCAGGACCUCGCUCUGCUCUCCAUCUCCACCUUCCAGAGAGGGUUAAAGGAUCCGAACCAGCUGAUCCGAGCCAGCGCUCUGCGAGUCCUCUCCAGCAUCCGAGUCACGAUCAUCGUCCCCAUCAUGAUGCUGGCCAUCAAAGAGGCUGCCUCUGAUAUGUCUCCGUACGUCAGGAAGACGGCCGCUCACGCAAUCCCCAAACUCUACAGUUUGGAUCCAGAGCAGAAGGACCAGCUGAUCGAAGUCAUAGAGAAACUCCUCGCUGACAAAACCACGCUGGUGGCAGGGAGCGUUGUCAUGGCGUUUGAGGAAGUUUGUCCCGAACGCAUCGAGCUGAUCCACAAGAACUACAGGAAGCUGUGCAACCUGCUGAUCGACGUGGAGGAGUGGGGGCAGGUGGUCAUCAUCAACAUGCUGACCCGCUACGCCAGGACCCAGUUCCUCAACCCCAACAUGAACGAGUCCUUUCUGGAGGAGGGAAGCGACAAGACCUUCUAUGGCUCGGAUGAAGACUCGGAUGAGGAAGAGGAGGACAAAGACAAGAAGGCGGAGGCUCCCAUGGUCAAGAGGAAGCCGUACGUGAUGGAUCCAGAUCACCGGCUGCUGCUGAGAAACACCAAGCCGCUGCUGCAGAGCCGCAACGCAGCCGUGGUGAUGGCUGUGGCUCAGCUGUAUUUCCAUCUGGCUCCUAAAGCGGAGAUCGGGGUGAUCGCCAAGGCCCUGGUCCGUCUGCUGAGGAGCCACAGUGAGGUCCAGUACGUCGUUCUUCAGAAUGUGGCGACAAUGUCGAUUAAGAGGAGGGGGAUGUUUGAGCCCUACCUGAAGAGUUUCUACAUCCGCUCUACAGACCCAACGCAGAUUAAAAUCCUUAAGCUGGAGGUUCUCACCAAUCUGGCGAAUGAGACGAACAUUUCCACGAUCCUCCGAGAGUUUCAGACGUACAUUAAGAGCAUGGAUAAAGACUUUGUGGCCGCCACGAUCCAGGCCAUCGGCCGCUGCGCCACAAACAUCGGGGAGGUGAGGGACACGUGUCUGAACGGCCUGGUGCAGCUGCUGUCCAACAGAGACGAGUUGGUGGUAGCAGAGUCGGUGGUGGUGAUUAAGAAGCUGCUGCAGAUGCAACCGGAGAAACACAGCGACAUCAUAAAGCACAUGGCCAAACUCACUGACAACAUCCAGGUGCCGAUGGCGCGGGCCAGCAUCCUGUGGCUGAUCGGAGAAUACUGCGAGCACGUUCCCAAGAUCGCUCCGGAUGUCCUGAGGAAGAUGGCCAAGUCGUUCACCAACGAAGAAGACAUUGUCAAGCUGCAAAUCAUCAAUUUGGCCGCCAAGCUUUAUCUCACCAACUCCAAACAGACCAAACUGUUGACGCAGUACGUCCUCAACUUGGCCAAGUACGACCAGAACUACGAUAUCCGUGAUCGGGCGCGCUUCAUUCGUCAGCUCAUCGUGCCGACCGAGAAGAGCGGAGCGCUCAGCAAGUACGCUAAGAAACUCUUCCUCGCCAUCAAACCUGCUCCGGUUCUCGAGUCUCCAUUCAAAGAUCGAGACCACUUCCAGUUGGGGUCUUUGUCCCACCUGCUGAAUGCUAAGGCCGGCGGCUACCAGGAGCUGCCCGACUGGCCCGAAGCCGCCCCAGACCCCUGCGUGCGCAACGUGGAGGUGAAGGAUUCUGUGCCUGAAUGGACCAAAUGCAGCAGCCGGGAGAAGAGGAAGGAGAAGAAAGUGGACAAGCCGUUCUACUCCGACUCAGAUGGAGAGUCCGGGCCCACGGAGUCAGCGGACAGCGAGUCGGACUCAGCCAGCGGCUCGGAGAGCGGCAGCGGCCUGGAGGAGAGCGGCUCGGGGUCAGAGAGCGAGGAGAGCGAGGAAGGCUCCGAGUCUGAGGAGGAGGAAGAGCAAAAGGACAAGAAGAAGAAGAAAAAGAUAGAAUUAAAGAAGCCUGUGCAAGAGAGCGAAAGCGAGCAGAGCAGUGAAGAGGAAGUGAGGAAGCACGAGAGGAAGAAUAAACAGCGUAAGAGCGUCUCGGAGUCUGAAUCUGAUGAUGAGGAGGAGAGCGAGUCUGAAAGCAGCCAAUCAGAGUCUGAAGACUCGGAGUCUGAGGCAGAAGUCAAAAAGAAGAAAAAGGCAGCUGAAACUAAACCUCCCCCUAAGCCGGUCAAGAAAGAGUGCAAGAAGGAGAAGAAGGAAAUGUCUCUGCUCGACCUCGAUGACUUUGAACCCACUCCGUCUCCUCAAGCCACGCCCCUGAACAGCUUCCUGUCCAGCAGCCUGGUGAACGACCUGGAGGGACUGUCUCUGUCCGACGCCGUGCUCUCUCCGGCAACCAUCUCUCCCUGCAGCGCUCUGAAGAGCUACGAGCUGCUGCACCGCAUCACGGGGGAGGGUCUGUGCGUGGAGUACUGCUUCAGCCGGCAGCCGUUCCCCCCCGACGCCAACAUGGUGUCGGUGCAGAUGCAGUUCACCAACAACGCCACGUCGGACACCAAGAACCUGCACAUGGAGGACGUGAAGCUGCAGAGCGGGAUGAGGGUCAACGAGUUCACUGAGAUCAAGUUGCUGCCGGCAGGUGAGACGGCCUCAGCUGUGAUGGGCAUCGAUUUCUGUGACUCAACACAAGCGGCAAACUUCCAGCUGUGCACCCACCGCAGGAAGUUCUUCGUGUCGAUCCAGCCUCCGGUCGGGGAGCUGAUGAGACCCGUCUUCCUGACGGAGAACGAGUUUAAAAAGGAGCAAGGUCAGCUGAUGGGGAUGAACGAGAUCUCGGAGAAGCUAACGCUGGACGUGAAGUGCCGGAACGAACACGCCAUCGUGCAGAGGGUGAUCACCGCCGCCAACCUCAGCAGAGUGCCCUGUGGGUCCGAUAAAGAGUGCCGGUUCGGGGGCCGCACGGUGACCAGCGGCAGCCUGGUGUUAGCCACCGUGUCGUCCCGAGAGGACGGGGCCGCCCAGCUGACAGUCAACUGUGAGAAGAUGGUGAUCGGCACCAUGCUGGUGAAGGACAUCCUGCUGGCGCUGACGCAGUGACCUGUGACCUUUCUGACCCCCCCCCCCCCACAUAUCGUCAAUAACACGUGUAGCAUCUCCUCCGUUCUCCUGUCAGCAGCGCCUGCCAGGAAGUUUCCAGAAUGUUUU